AUGCUUAUGUCCAAAGUUCUGCCCAGAGUUCAGGAUGAGGUGAGAUUGAAGGGAGCGCAUGCCAAAGGUGUGUUCGUCACUGGAUCCUUCACUCCCACCGAGGCAGCCAAAGAACUCUCCACGGCGCCGCAUUUUCGACAUCCAACUUUCGUCAUAGCCCGGCUCUCUCUGUUCACCGGCAUCCCCGACCUACCAAGUACCGACGAGAGAGCAAACCCACACGGUCUUGCCGUCCGCUUCGUCCUCGACCCAGCCUCACGACUCGGUACCGACAUUAUAUGCCAUGCCUCCAAGCUCUUCCCUGGUUCAGAUGGGGAGGAAGUGCUGGCCUUUUUCAGGAGCCUCAGGGAUGGCACCGUGACUGAGUAUGCGAGCUCUCACCCAGCUGCUGCUGCUUUUGCUCAAGAACAUCGACCGAUCCCAAAGAGCUUUGCCCACAACACAUUCCACUCCAUCAAUGCCUUCAAGAUGAUCAAUUCUGAGGGAAAGACGGCCUUCAUUCGGUAUCGCUGGGUGCCUUUGGCAGGUGAUCAGAGCCUCACGCAGGAUGAGCUCAAGACCAAGUCGCCGAAUUUUCUGUUUGAGGAGUUGCCACAGAUCCUGUCUGAAGGUCCAAUUGGUUUCACACUAGUUGCCCAGGUCGCUGAGCAGGGUGAUGUUACCGACGAUUGCACGAAGAUCUGGCCUGAAGAUCGUGCUUUGAUCGAACUGGGAACUCUGAAGAUUACCAGGGUGAUGGAGGCGAAUGAAGCUGAGACUUGUGAAAAGACAGUUGCAUUCAGUCCCAUUCCGGGCGUGGAGGGCAUUGAGGCGUCGGCAGAUCCAAUUCUCGCUGCUCGUUCCGCAGUUUAUUCGAGAAGCUCAAAGUCACGCCAUGAGUCAGAGCGUUAG